GCCCGCCGAGAGACGCGAUGCCCGGCGGGCCCGGGCGCGGGGACCGCGGCGUCUGAGCGCGCAGAGUCGUGCGCCCCGCGGACGCCGAGGCCAGGCGGGUGUCCGCGGCGGAGGGCGGCAGGAGGGGCCCAGGUGCGCCCGGCCGCGUCGGGCCCGUAACUACUCGGGGGGCGGCGCCCUCCCGCCGCAGCCGCAGUGGCCAGCGCCGCAGCGAGGAGCCAUGGGCAACAUCUCCUCCAACAUCUCGGCUUUCCAGUCCCUGCACAUCGUCAUGCUGGGCUUGGACUCGGCCGGCAAGACCACUGUGCUCUACCGGCUCAAGUUCAACGAGUUCGUGAACACGGUGCCCACCAUCGGCUUCAACACGGAGAAGAUCAAGCUGAGCAACGGCACGGCCAAGGGCAUCAGCUGCCACUUCUGGGACGUGGGCGGCCAGGAGAAGCUGCGGCCGCUGUGGAAGUCGUACAGCCGCUGCACGGACGGCAUCAUCUACGUGGUGGACUCGGUGGACGUGGACCGGCUGGAGGAAGCCAAGACGGAGCUGCACAAGGUGACCAAGUUCGCCGAGAACCAGGGCACGCCGCUGCUGGUCAUCGCCAACAAGCAGGACCUGCCCAAGUCGCUGCCCGUGGCCGAGAUCGAGAAGCAGCUGGCGCUGCACGAGCUCAUCCCGGCCACCACCUACCACGUCCAGCCGGCGUGCGCCAUCAUUGGCGAGGGCCUCACCGAGGGCAUGGACAAGCUCUAUGAGAUGAUCCUGAAACGCAGGAAGUCCCUCAAGCAGAAGAAGAAGCGGUAAUGCGCCCGGCAGCGUUCCCGGAGCGAGGGGGAAAGCGAGCGAGUGAGUCGGGAAUGAAUGAAUGAAAGGCUGGAUGGUUGAGCGAGAACCCGCGCGCCCGCGAACAAAGACAGCGAACCAAAGCGACGCUUCCAAUUUUUAAAGCGGAAUCUGUGCACCCAAAUGCAGGACUAGUGACUUGGCCCGGGUAUGUAGGCAGACUUGCCAACCUGCGCUCGACCUGCCCCCCACCCCCGGCUCGGGGGACCUUUUGUCUGAACGCCAGAGCUUCUGCUGGGGAGGGGGGCCCCUCUGGGGAGUGGACGUGCAGGUUUGGCCAUCCGCCCUCCGGGCCCAGGUGGAAGGCUCAGAUGGCAGAGACAAAAAGCGAUUUCUUCCCACUCCAGCAGGGCCAGAAGUUCGGGCUACCCCGCCCUCACUGGGGAUCGCACCUGUGAGUUACCAGAGGUAUGCCGCUCCCAUAACCCCGGGAAUCCCAUUUGGGGGCCUGGUGGCAGUGGGAGGUGCUGGGGGGACCGCCUGUCCUUGCAGUCAUGGGCUGUGAAAGCUGGAGAAUUUUCUGUCACAGGGGCAGGCCCCUGUGAAAAUCCAUUUGUCCUGCUCUGGGCCCCCAGUGAAGUGGUGGCUUGGGCCAUCAGAGGACUGCCUGGAACAGGAGGGCAGCCGGAAGGCCCCCGGCGCUGCGCUGGCCUCGGCUGGGGAAUGGCCUCGAAGAAUGCCCCUUUCCUGGUGCUUUGUGGUAGCUACGGAAGACCAGUUUUGUUGAGAACUGCUUUUCAGCCUGGAAUCAGACAUCUUUCAGAUGGUUUGGAUCCUGUCCAUGUUGUGUAGGUCAUUAUCACACAAAGAGACCAAUAAAAAUUUUAAAAACCAAAAAAAAAAAAACAAAAAACAAAAAACCUGUUGGAGGUGGCAAAUGAUGCAUUUACCGUUUGCAGAAUAGUUAAAGGUGUUGUUUAAAGGGUAAGGCUCUUGAUGUCUCUGCUGGAUGGGGGGUGUGUGUCCUAGAGGCAGGGACCUCUCUCUGUCCUGGGUAAUCGGCAUACAUUUCUAGACCCCUCUGUGGGGAAUCUGAAAUUCUCUUAGCCUCCUGAUGGGUUUGGGUGAGCACAUCAGCUGCAGAUGUGUGCCGAAUUACAAGCUGGUUUUUGCAAGGGAUGGCUCUUGUAAUCCUAACUGCUUGAUGAUGGGUUUUGGUUUUCAGGCUCCCCCCCCCCCAAAUCUGCUAUGAAUGAACAUUCAUCUUAGAAAUACUCAAUUGAGGAAAAAAAGGCUGCCCUUUUAGAGCCCUUUAACGCUGCAAGUGGCGACAUGUUCUGGUUUCUAAUUUGGUUCCUUGUGGCCUAUCUGGGUUUAAGUAUUUUCACUACAAACGUCUCUCAUUAGAGCGUUUGAUGGCACGCACCAACACAUAAAAGCCGACCUCAUUGCAUGGAUUUUGAGGCCAGGGAAAAGCACAAGGAAGUCCUUCCUGAUUCUUUCUUAGGGGAACGGGCUGCAGAGCUAAUGCAGACCAGUGAAUGCUCGAGAUGAAAGAAAGCGUGUGACGUCACGGUCACCUGUCUUCAGGCUCCUCACAGUUUACUUGAAAGAGGCUUUGGAAAGAGCUAAAGCAAAAGAAGAAAUACAUAUUUUUAAUAAUGUAAUUUAAGAAAAUCCUUGAUAGUCAGGACGGAGGCUUGGUUUGCAGAAGCUGUCAUUUGCCCCCGAAACACAGUGUCAAAGGGAAACAUUGACGGUUUGAUUUGGAUUUCCUCUUUGAAUCGAUGUUUCUCGGUAGAAUUCUGUCUCUUCCCCCACUGUCCCACAUUUCUUUGCGAAGGAGGCCUUUAGAAAUCGGGCGUGAUCCUACUUGAGCAUGUGAGCUAGUCAAAUUAGAAACCCAGCCUAUUGUCCGUGGCACUCAGAAAGUUAAUUUAAGAACCAGAGGUAGUCCUGGCUUCCUGCCUGAAACCCAGUGCUUCUAUGAAAUAUUUGAAAAGAGGAGGAAAACGAGCGAUCCAUCUUCCUUUUCUCUUUUGUCGGUGUAUUUGUUCCCCCCUCCAAUGCUGGUCUUUUUGUAGAAACUCAGUAGAGAAAAUCUAGCGAAGCAGUGUUGCAAAGCCUGCAAGAGUUCCGUUUACAGCUCGACAGCAUAGUCACUGAUUUCUAAAUGGGCUGGUCCCAUCAUCUGAAGAUUCUGUAUAGAAUUAUUAAAAAAAAAAAAAUCCAUCUUUCUUUAUUUUCUUCACAUGCGACAAUUUCUUAAGCACUUUGACAUUUUGGUAGUUCCACACUCUUGAGAGAAUAAUAUAUUUAUUUUGUGACAUUGCAGAUGCCAAAUACUGUAACCUUCUCGUGCUAACGACACUUAGGGUCAAGAUCACUGUUCCGAUCCCGUCCGGCUUUACAGAUGAUGCGAAGUGGUUUUUGUUUUUUUUUUUUUGCAUCACCAGUACUUCAAGGGUGCAGUCACCUGUCUGUAAUUGUGCAGUACAGCUCUGUGGUGUAUCAACCAAUAGUUAAGCGUCUCAGUUGAUUUCUGUAGCGUUUGACCUCACGAUGGCCCACGUCGGCUCUGACCCAACGGAGGAGGAAACCUCCUUGGCGUGGUGGCCCUGGGGGAGUCGCCUCUGAUGUAGCUGUUGGUGACAUUAAACCUCCUGCGCUUCUGAGAAUGAAUGGGCUCCACCUGGAGGAAGUUGGCCUCCCCCCACGAGCAUUUGAAACGUCUUCUCAUGGACACGGGGAGGCCGGUUUGGUAGCAGAAAGCUUCUCUUCCCAAAUUCUCUGUCAUGGUGUUGGGAACUCUGUCUUCUGGUUUGUUUUCGUUUCUACUGCUGUAAGAGUCCCUGCCCCGACCAUCUUCCUCUUCUGUUCCCCGUCCCUUUUAUAUAUGCAUAUAUGAUGCUGUGAACAGAAAUAAAUUAUUUAUACAAUCAAA